AGUAAAUGGAAUGAAAUAUGGAGUUGUGAAAAGUUUAGGGGAAACUUCACUUAAUGCCGGAUAUUUCUAAUUUCAUAAGUGAGUAAGGUGUGGGAUAGUGUGCCUAAUUACUCAUACUUGGAAUGUGACUUGAUAUAUCAACGAAAAGAUCGUUUUUCAAGUGAUUAUCAGUGCAACAUUAUGUCAGCAUGACGCCGCUUCCCGGUAUUGUCCAGUGCGAUCCAGCCACUGCAUCAUUUUUGCACAGUAUGAAGGUGCACGCUGAGGUCGCAGAAGAUUUCCCCAGUGCUCUUGUGCCCUUGGUUUCUGCUCUCGCCGAUUCUGCCCGAACUGAUGAGCAUUGCACUGCAACUGGGCCCGUCUGCUACAGUUGCAACAGAGCACCGAUUUGCUUCUAUCUCUCCGAAGGAAAAUACCUUUCAUUAGGGUCCUACAACUGCGCCGCACAAAAUCCAGCACAGCCUUACUGUAACAGUGGUGUAUGUAACUCCACGAAGGGCAAAGAAUGCCCACAGGAAUUCCAGUGCACCGGAGAGGGGUACUUUCCCGAUCCUGACGACUGCAGUACGUUCCACUCGUGUGACGCCAGCCUGAAAGCCACUACCUACACUUGUCCCGCCAGCUAUGUGUACCUGCACGCGAACCACACCUGCGUUCGCAAGAAGGUCUCGGCCGACUGUGCGACCAUCAAGUGUUCAUACGCGCGUCCAAUCGAGUAUGUCGUCUAUCCCAAGGAUCCUUCCAUCUAUGGCAUCUGUGUACGCGACCAGCCAACGGCAGUUGUCAAAUGCAGUGGGGGACAAAAGUUCGAUACCAAAACAUCGAAGUGUAAGAGAGCGUGUAAGGAAGAAGGCGUAUUUGCAGCCGACGGUUGCAGGAAAUUCUACGAGUGUGUUCGCGUCGGUUCAAAUAAGUAUAAUGUUGUGGAAAGGGAAUGCCCUGUGGACAAGCUUUUCAAUGCCACUUUAAAGGUCUGUGCAGUUGGAAGUUGUUAACGGCUAUUAAGGAGAAGGAUCCCCACUUAGCAACAGUAGUUCAUAGUUCUGUAGACGCACUAGCAUAAUUUCUGUUUUUCUCCACACAAUUUGCAAUAAACAAUUUUGAGGUACGUUCUCUUACUUUGAUCAUUUAGAGCUGCAAAUUCUCCUCUGUAUUGUCUUAGAAUGUCAUGACCUGUGUACACUAAUGCGUACAGUUUUGUUUCCGAAACGUCCCUAUAUUUUCAUUUGCUUAGAUACGACGUUGAUUUCAAUUUAUAACAUUUUUCCUUCCGUAUGAAAUAUAUGUUGACGUGAUACAGUUGUCAGUCCGCAGUGGUUCCGUGUGUGACGUUUUAGGAGACAUCUCCCU